CUAUCGUAAUCCGCUGGAAAACCCAGGACUUGGUAAUUUAGAUAUUUAGUGUAUCUUUAACACCAUGAGUGUGCAGGCAGGUGUAGUUUUUCUUCUAACGUUUAGUGGAUUCUCGGUGUUGGCAGAUUCAUCUCUGACAUUCCCAGAAAAUGCAAGAAAUGGAGCUCGCAUAGUCUCCGGAUGGGAGGCUGAGGAGGGCCAGUUCCCCUUCCAGCUGUCCCUUCGCAUGGUCAGCCCUGUGGGCGCGGUUACUGCCUGUGGUGGAUCUAUAGUCCACCCUGAAUGGGCCAUCACUGCUGCUCACUGCACUGCUACUCGCAUCUCCGUGGUCAUCCGUAUCGGCGCCGUCAACUUGACCAGGCCAUACUCCAUCUUCGAGACAACUGAGUAUUACAACCAUCCCCUGUACAACGAAGCCAUGCAAGGCGUAGUCCAGCCCAACGACAUCGGUGUAGUGAAGUUUAAUAGGAAGCUUGUGUUCAAUGACAGAGUGCAGCCGAUCAGGAUUCACCGUUCAGCGGACAUGAACCGCAACUAUGCCGGCAUCAGGCUGACUGCCAGCGGGUGGGGCCUCACGUGGACCCAGGGAUCAUCCCCUGAGAACUUGAACUGGGUGUACCUGAGCGGUACAAGCAAUUUUGAAUGCUUGAGUGCCUUUGGGGGCAGCUCCAUUAUCCAAUCUUCUACUAUAUGCGCCAGAGGUUACAAUGAAACUACUCAGUCUAUUUGCCAGGGUGACAGCGGGGGCCCGUUAACGGUGGUGGAGGAAGACGGCCAGCUGUCCCUGGUCGGGGUGUCGUCCUUCGUGUCCGGCACCGGCUGUCACACCGACUUCCCUGCUGGUUUCAUCCGUCCCGGUUACUACCACGACUGGUAUUUAGAAGUCACGGGAAUAAACUUCGACUGGGAUUUUGAAGAACCGGAACCGGAACCCGUACCAGAAUCGGAAUCAGAUUCGGAAUCGGAAUCGGAAUCGGAAACCGAAGAGAGCUUAGAGUCCAACGAAUCUGAUUCCGAUAGCUCUGAAUCGGACUCCGACUCGGAAAAUUCAGAAUCUUCUGAAUCUAAUGAAGCCGAAAGUCUAAAGAUAUUGAAACCGGUAAUUGCUUACUGAAAGCAGAAUGGUCUUUAUUUGUAAACAAGGAUGUAUAUUAUAAAUGAGUAAAAAAAAUAAUUUUUUGGUUAACUUCACAAACAGUAUUCCAAGAUAACACUUAUAAGCAAGAGGUAGUUGGACUUUGCCCACCCCGGAAUUAUUAAUUAAUAAUGCAGUCAAUGCAUCGUUAUCCAAAAUAAACGUGUGUACAAAAUUUCAGCUCAAUCAAUCAGUUUAAUAUAUCUGCUUCCAAAUUAAGUUACAAGAUUCUACCCGAAAA